CUUACCAUCCAACUCACGCCUUCAUUGGUGAAAAUGAUAACGAGGCGCACGUCCCAUGUGCGCAGGGAGCUCAAAACAAAGAUGCAUGCUCUCACAGCAUCAUUUUUUGGCUUCUGGGCCAGCCGUUCAAUGGUGGCUAUUAAGGCAAACCAUGACUUGGCCGAGUCAUUGAAGGAAGGGAAUUCAUUUGUUUUUAAGGAUUGGGAGUUGAAAUCCAGCAUAUACAAAACGGAAUUAAUCCAGAAAGCAAUUAAUGAUAUGUGGUUUGCAAAUCGCAGUGACGAAGGUAUACUCUAUGCUAAAUACUUCGAUCCUUUACCUGUGAAAGUGAUGGCGCUGGUACUCACAGUGGUGAGU